ACUCUCCCUUGCCUGUGACUUCACGUGUCUGUUUUGUAAAGUUCCUUGAGUCUGAAUCGGUGGGAGUCUCUCAACACCUGACGAACACCGUCUUCGUGGACCGAGCCUUGAUCGUGGUCCCCUUCGCUGAAGUGGACAAGUCAUUUGCAGAGAGCCCCUUCCCUGCUGGCUGAAAGUGGUCCACUGCUGCCAUCAGGAGAUUAGAAAAAAAUAAUGGCACCAGGCUCGCAAGCUGCCUUCUCUCUCUUGUUCUGCAGUAAAAUAUUAACUCUUUAUUUUUCUCUCUCUGUUCAAGGCAUCUUUUCUUUGAAAAUAAGAAUAGGCACUUGACUCUUAAGUCAAUUGAGGGGGUUGGGGACAGGGUGCAGGGCAAUCUCAAUUCCUCACGUUCAAGUAUUUCAAUUUUUGAAAAUGUGGACAAGUAGUCAUGCAGCGACCUAGGGAUGCCCCGAGCAGAUCUGAAUCGAGGCCCAUCAAUGCAUUCAAAAAAAAAAAAAAUAGAUCUACUGUCAACCUUGAACCAUUUCUUAUCCUGUAUUUAUAUUUUUCAACCUUUGUCUAAUGUGUUAGUCUGGAUAAAACCACACUAACACGCACUUCACCUCUAUUUCAGCCACAGUUUGCCAUCACACAGCACUGACACUGAUAUCUUGUGCCACAUAAUAGGAAAGCACCUGUGUGUCUGCACUGACACACAGGUAUUUUCAGUAACUGGCUGAUUAGAGCUGUUUUUUGGUUCAAGUUGGACCGGGCUCUGGGAGGAGUUUGCUGAUGUCAUCAACUCCAGGUGUCUUGCUCAAAUAUGUGCAAGAAAACUAAGCAGGCGAGAGAGAUGUCAAUCAUUCUUACAGGCUCACACUGUCCUGAGUGGGGGGUGCAAUCAGCCAAACAUGCAGAGCUGUUCAGAACUCCCCUGACUGUUUAGGCUGAGUAUACAGUACAAAUACAAGCUAAAAAUAUAAAUACUGGAUCAGGGCUUGGUACUGGCAGAUUUUUAUUAACCUGCUCUGAUUGGCAAUAAAGGGGAAAUGUUCGGGACCUCCCUACACCACAAAGCAUGCAAGAUAAAUUAUCUAAUCAGCUCUGCAUGCAAGACCAGAUUUCCAAAGUGUGCUGUCGUCUACACAGUCGAUUUUGUGGAAGUAAAUAAGCAUAUAAUUUGGUUAUUAAUUAUAAGCGCACAAGCUGCCUUUGGCUUUUAAUUGCUUCAUGGGCCAAAGCAUCAUAGUAUUUUAGACUGUGCAUUUGUGUUCCCAAAUUUCCACUAACAUACAAGCUAAAAAGUAGUGUUAUCAUCCUCUGCUUGAUGUUGCAGUAAAAAUGCAUUUUUUUUAUUGACCCUCUCCACACAUGACUCUGACAGAGUUGAGUGAAUCUCACGUUUAACAGUGGUGUUUCUUUUGUUGUUGUGUUUUACAGUUCUUUUUCCUGGUUCAGCCAGCCCCCUAUAUACCAGGCCCUGCUGAAAAUGCCACCAACAGUUUUGUCUUCUGCAGCCUUAUCCUGUUCUCAAGUGUCUUUUCUGUUGUGUGUGUGCGUGUGUGUGUGAGCGUGUCUCUCUCUCCCCCCCUCUCUCUCUCCCCUCAUUUUUUUCUAAAACAUGUAAAAAUGUCAGUUUAAAAAUAGCCCGUUUUCAGAUUGCACAACCAUGGAUGAUCAUCUCCUUUUAAGAUUUUGCUGUUCGGUUUUUCUUCAGCUUUGGGCACAUUUUCCAUGAUUUUUGCAGGCACAAGCCCAUUACUGUUUAGUGCAGAUUAUCUUGGACAUUGUGUAUUUAUACUGUGACAUACUGUUGGCUAACACCAGUUCUGAAGCUUAGUACUAUGAGUAUUUUAUCAUGUUGCAAAUCAGCCUUUUUGUCUUUGUUAUUCUGGUGGGAUUGUACAAAGUAACCACAAUCAAAUCCCAGAAAAGGUAAAAUGACUGAACCUUUCCUGUUUUUUUUGUAUUGGUAGUGGUAAGUGAUGUUGAAAUGUACCCUUGUGUCUACACCCAAAUCAUGAACUUUGUUUUCUGUAUCUCAAUGUUCUUGUGUACUUUAUAGCGAAGCAGCCGGCGCGAGUCGCUUGUUCAUAAAACAUCUAAUGAAAGUUGAGAGCACAUCCCACGGGACAACUGGCUGUGCUUGCUUACGUUUGGUUCAUGACUUAAAAAACAAGUACAGGUGAUAAAUUCUUGGCAGUGUUGACCAGUGUGUAUUGUGACUUUUAGACUCGUAGCUGCUAAUCCUACAAUCAUACUUUGACACAAAAAAAAAAGUCAGGGAUCAAGAUUUACAGACGAGACAAAGUGGUAUUAUUUAUUUUUUAUUUUUCACAAAAGUGUAGUUAGACUAAGGAGGCUUGUCUGCAAGUCUUGAGUGUUUACUGAUUAUAUGCUCUGAGUAUAUAUUGAAAUGCUGUUGUUUUUCUCCAGGAGUCAUUCCUGAUGAAUCUAAAGCUAUGUCGCUGCUGGCUCCAGCCAAUGCCGUGGCAGGAAUGAUGCCUGGUGGAGGCCUUCUCCCAACACCCAAUCCUCUGGCAUCAAUGGGCGGGACACCAUUUGGAAGUCUGGGAGCUCCCAACAUGGAGCAAAUGGCUGCCAUGGGAAUGCAGGGACCAAACAUGAACCCCCAGGCUCUCUCUGCAGAUUUUCUGAAGCUCAUGCAGUCCAUGGAUCCCAAAUUGAAUUCAUUAGCAGCCGGACUGAACUUGAAUGCAGGGAUGAAGAACGACGCCUCCAACAAGGAGAUUGAAGAGGCUAUGAAGAGAGUCCGAGAAGCUCAGUCUCUCAUUUCUGCAGCCAUCGAACCUGGAAAUAAGAAAGAUGACAAGCGUAAACAUUCACGCUCCCGUUCACGCUCUCGGCGAAGGAGGACCAGAUCUCGCUCAAGACACAGACGUUCGAAGAGCAGGUCUCGGCGAAGGUCCCAUUCUCGUAGCAGGAGGAGGACCAAGAGCCCACGAAGGAGGAGGUCCCACUCCCGGGAGAGGAACCGCCGCAGCAGAUCGAGGGACAGGAGAAAGGAGGAGAAGUCUAAGAAAAGGUCCAAAACUCCUCCUAAGAGCUACAGCAGCGCCAGGAGAUCUCGAAGCAUCAGCCGGAGACAUCGGCGAAGCCGCAGUGCGUCACGCUCCCCCAAGAGGAAGGUGUCCCGGUCUCCAUCACCCAGACGUCACAAGAAAGAGAAGAAGAAGGACAAGGAGCGCGAGAAGGAGCGGGACAGAGACAGGAAGGAGGACAGGGACCGCAUAAGAGACGAAAGGGAACGUUCCACCAGUAAAAAGAAGAAGAGCAAAGACAAGGAACGAGAGAGAGACCGAGAACGCAAGUCAGACAGCGAGAAAGGAGACGUCAAGGUGACCCGGGACUAUGACGAAGAGGAACAAGGUUACGACAGUGAAAAGGAAGUGGAGGAUGAUGACGACGAGAGGAAGAGCGACUCCGACUCGGCCUCGUCUCCCAAAGGCCAAGAGGAGAUGGAGCGCUCCGAGGGUCAGAUUCCCAAAAAGUCCAAACAGAACGGAGAUGAUCACCAUCAGGAAGACAUGGAGAUGAGUGAUUAAACCCCCCCCCCCACGAGAAUGAUCAUGGCAACGUUCUCUUCCCACUGUCCUUUUUAUAUUUUUAAUAUCAGCCACAACAUGUCUGUGUCUGAUCACAAGGUUAAAAAAGAUUUGUUGUCUUAGCUGUAGACGCCUUGGGGGAGGGAGGGGUGUGUAGAGUUAACAGUCCAUUCAGUUUUGUAAAGACGUGAGAAAACGAAGACUAAAAUAUGAAUAACACGAGACCUGUUUUUAAAUUGUCUUCAUGUACUUUUUUAAGAUUCUGCUUUGAGUUGAGAUGUUGUCUUCCUGACGGUAGAAUAAGCAGCGUUUUCCUCUGAUCGGCUGCAUUUGUAAAUAUUUUACUGGUCAGGACUGAAUCUUUCCCUCAGACGGUUAGUGACGCAGCACCAGCUUCCUGUUCCUUUUAUUUUCCUCCUUGGUUGCGGAACCAUUUUUGCUUCAACUGUUAUGCACCCAGUGGUUGUUCAGCUGACCCUCCUAUUUACAGCGCUUUGUUAUUGUACACUGUAGACUGAAUAUGUUGCAAUGAAAUACUUUGUCUGCAAUAGGUUUUCCAAAGGAACAAAUAAAAUUUGAUCCGACUGUC